AUGAGUGCUUCACGAUUAUUUUCAGGAAAUUCAGCAUAUAAUUCGUUAGUUACAAAAGGUCCUGUUAUAGGACUUGAAUUUGCUGGUACAAAUUGUGUACAAAUAUGUCAACAAUUACUUAAUGAUUUCAUCAAAUUGAAAUAUCAAAAUUUACCUUAUUUUAUUAGUCAAUCAGCAACAGAUGCUCAUGAACAACUUGAUAAAUUUUACAAUUUUGCAAGUAUGCAAAUGUUUGCAUAA